CAAGAAUUCUUUUAAAAAAAAAUAUACACACAUUGCAAAUUUUUUUUUUGCUUUAAAACUAAGAGCAAAAUAGGAACCCCCAGACGUACCAAAAUAAAGUAGCAUUAGAUUCAGUCAGUCAGUUCUGGGGGAAAAGUGCAAUCCAAGAACGUCUCGAAGGCUUGCAAAAAAAAAACCCGGGUUUCAACAAUUUAAAAAGAGCAAAAAUAAAACAACUCGAACUAAAUUUAAUGGAUAGAAAUUAUCCUGCUUCUGGAUUUGGAGAUCCACUAGGCGCUGGGCAAGGAUGGACUUACGACAGAUCACCGUCAGGAGUAAAAGCCAGUCUGGUGUAUGGCGGAUCUCGCAGUUCACACCCAGAAACAGACAUCCUGCAUAGACAAGCGUAUGCAACGCCCCAUCCUCUCCAAGGCUAUGCGACCAACCAUCAUCCUGCUGGCCUGUCGGGCUUGUUCGAGACCGGGCUUCACCAUGCUGGCAGCACCACCCCAGACGCAUCUGUCAUGAACCUCAUCUCCGCUCUGGAAUCACGGGCUCCGCAACCUGGACCCUCUGCCUCCUCCCUCCUCUCACAGUUCCGAACUCCAUCCUGGCAGACAGCCAUGCACACCCCGGGACCAGCGGAGUUAUUCAUCUCCGGGGCCAUUCCUGGUUCUGGGACUUUUCCAUCUUCAUCUGCCCUCUCAGCCUAUCAACACCCGGCUUCAUUCAGUGGGCGGAGUUUCCCGGUGACGUCAUCGCUGACCCUUCAGGAUGCCACCUUCAGCCCGAGCUCCAAUGGGUUGCUGUCACCUCACGACCCCCUCCUCCACAUCAAGUCCUCACAGUCCAGCGUCCCGUCCUCGUUGACCUUUGACCGCCUCGGCAGCGCCGUCCUGGGCACCGGCUUGCCAUCUCAGAGCUCGGCCUACCGCACGGCACAGGAGUCGGCCUCCCGGCACCUACAGUCACAGUUCAACCUGCUCUCCUCGCCGCUGGGGCCUUCGGAACAGGCCUCGCAGCUGUACAACACCUCGGUCUUCUCCAGCUCGCCGGCCUCCGGCAUCGAGCGAGCCAUCCCCCGCCAGGACAGCGUGAUUAAGCACUACCAGCGGCCCUCCAGCGCGCAGGCCCAGCUGCCUGCCUCCCAUCACUCCUUGCAGCACUACCUGAGCUGCGGAGGGAGCCACAGUUUCCAACAGAUGCCGCGGCACUCGACCCUCUCCUGCAGCCCCCUCGGUGACCAGUCCCCGGUGAGCAGCGAGGGCAGCCAGAAGAGUUCCCAGGCACGUGGCGAGCACUCGCAGAGCUACAGACCCAUCAUUCAGUCGCCGGGCUACUCCUCGUCCUCCUCCUCCUCAAAAUCGAAGAGUUACUCGGCUUCGAGGCAGGCCCAAAGGGCCACUGCCACCCCCAAGUGCCAAAGCAUCUCCUCCAGCGGCCAGUCCCACAACUUCUCCUCCUCGACGCCCAAGGCCAGCUCGGUGAUCUCCAGCCAGCCCCAGGCCUACUCCCCGGGCCAGUCGCAGAGCCUGCUGAGCAUGAGCCAGUCGCAGAGCUACAGCGUGACGCAGGCCCAGAACCUGGCCGCCGUCACCCAGUCGCCGGGCUACACUUCCAGCCAGUCCCAGGACCUGACCACCGUGAGCAAGGCCCAGAGCUACUCCAGCGGCCAGUCGCAGGCCCUGCAGACGUGCGUCAGCCAAGCGCAGAACUACUCGCCGGAGCAGCUGCAGGGCCUGUCGUCCGUCGGUUCCAUCCAGAGCUACGGUGUCCAGUCGGAGCCCCACUCGUCGGUCACUCAGGGCCAGAGCUACGUCCCCGCUCACUCGCAGGGGAUGCCGACCGCCAGCCCGUCUCUCAGCUACGCCACCGGACAUUCCCCUGCCUUGAGCUCCCACGGCCAGUCGAUCGUUUAUUCUUCAGCCAGCCACGUUCAAAGCCUGCCAGAGGCCAGCCCCUCUCAGAUAAUCCGGCCCCUCCAGUCCCCGACUGGGAGCAGGUCCCAAAGCGUCACCUCCCCGGAACAGUCUCAGAAGUACCUGUCCUCCGUUCUGUCCCCUUCGUUCAUACAGUCGUCCCACUCGCAAAGCUUCCAGUCCUCCCAGCCACCGCUGGAGAGAACGCCAUCUUACGGCAAGACGAAAUCUGACUCGGACUUGCUCUCGUCGGAGAGGACGGAGGACGAGGACUUCCUCAUUCAGCACCUGUUGGACUCCCAGAGCCCGCCCCGAGUCUCGACCCAGAGCCUGGUGGAGUGCGAGGACCGGGCCCCCAAGAGCAUCGUUUACGAAAUGUCCAAGUCCGAAGAGAGGUACCACCUGCAGAGCGUCAUCAGGACGAACUCGAGCCUGGACAGUCAGGUUCUGGAGAUGUCCUUGCAGGGUCUGAAGGAGAAAAAGAAAGGCGAGAGGCAGAAAGAGUACGGGCACAGCCGCUCUUCCGCAGACGCCUUGGUGACCUCGGUGGUACACUACAGCCAUCAGCCCAACAGCAUUGACAGCCUGGCUCAAGACAUCAAGAAGUCAGUCGAUCACCUCCAGACCCCCCACCUGGACGGGUCCAGCAAAGAGAUCAACCCGGCCCACUCUUACCUGCAGAAAACGCCGGAGCAGAGCUCCCGGGCCCAUCACAUGGCGUCCGAGGCCUCCCAGCUGGAGCCGCACAGCAUCCUGCAGAACCAGCAGAGCUCGCAGAUGAUGCUGGACACCUCGCCGGAGAUGCAGCUGCCCCUGGCGCACCAAGCCCCCAGCCAGCAGUCCCAGCUGCUGCAGUCGGUGCUGACCCACACCCAGAGCCAGAUGCAGGCGCAGCAGAGGAAGGUGCAGACCCCGCUGGACGUGCACAUGAUGGAAUCGCAGCGCCUGCAUUCCGAGGCCCAGUCACCCCAGCUGCAGAUGCUGGAGGUCCACCUGCAGAGCCAGCAGAUGCAGGCCCACGUGCGCUCGCAGUCGAUGGACGUCCACCCGCACGCGCCACCCAUGGACUCGCACCUGCUGGACUCCCACCAGAUCCAGGCGGACCCCCAGUCACCUCAGCUGCAGGGGUCGCUCCAGUCCGAGCGCCUGCAGUCCGAGGGCAUGGAGGGCCUCCCUCAGCCAGAGAGCAUGCAGCCCCAGGAGAUGCAGGAGUUCCUGGAGCCUGACCUCCACCUGGAGAGCCACCUUUCCCAGACCGGCCAAGUCCAGUCCCAGCAGCACCUGCUUCCCGAAUCCGGCGAGACCUUGCAGCUGGAUACCUCGGAGCCUUCCCAACAGGUCUCCCAGCAGCAGAUGGAGCCCAAGGACCAGUUCAGCUCGGCCAGCCCCCAGAGCACCAAACAGAGAUUUGUCCCCCUCACCUCGAUCUGCUUCCCGGACUCGCUCCUGCAGGACGAGGAGCGGAACUUUUUUCCGGGAAUGGAGGACAUGUUUUGCUCUGCGCCUUGUGGCAACGAGGAGUACAGCAAGCAGCCGUGCGGCGAUGAGGGCAACCAGGCGAUGGACAGGAGCAACGGCAUGAAGUCCAGCUUCGAAAUGAUGCACUCGAACCAGAGUUUCCAGGGCUACUGCGCCUCAGAGACCGGCAACAGCCAACAGAACGUCCACUUGGACCUCGACUCGGUUGCCAUGAAGCCCGAGCUGGAGUCCACCGUUCAGACUGAGCACCUGGGCCUGACUCAGCCGAGCCACGGGCCUACGAGCGCCGAUAUCAAGUCGCCCCUGACGACCGCGAGCUUCUGCUCCAUGAAGACCAAGAAGUUCUUGAAGACCUCCUCCCUGCAUCUCCUGAAGAAGAAGGACUCUCCCCCUCAGCCGCCAAAGAAGAACUACGCCCAGGAGUACGAGUUUGAGGACGAGGAGAAAGAGGACGUGCCGGCCGACAUCCGGCUGAACAACCGUCGGCUCCCGGAUCUGCUCCCCGACCUGAUUUCCAGCUGCCGGACCAGGACCAACAUCAGUCCGGUCUCCGACAUCGACUUCUGCUCUGGCAACAACCUCAACGGGGGCAAGAAGAAAACAAAGCGGGCCUCGAAGCCCAAGGAGAAAGGGCCUCCGAGGCCGAGGGGUCGGCCGAGAAUCCGGCCCCUCGAGCCACCUCAAGGUGUGGCCCAAGAUGGGCCCAAAAAGAGGGGGCGCGGCAGGGGAAGGGGCAAGAAGAUUGCAGAGAGUGAAAACGAGGGCUUUAAAAUGGAAAAACAAGUAAAAUCCAGCAAGGGCAAGGUUCAAGGGUCAAAGGCAGGUGACCUUUUAUCCAUCGAGGCUCCAGAGUCUCUCCCAACGGAAGGUGUCUUAGAGAACAGUCAAACCCAAGAAAAGAUCAAGAAGAAGAUAAAAGAGGUUGAGGAGAAACAGCCGGAGAUGAAAUCAGGAUUCAUGGCAUCGUUCCUGGACUUCCUGAAGUCGGGCAAGCGGCAGCAGCUGCCGGCCACGACCUCCAGCCCGCAGAAAGGGCGGCCUUCGUCGGUCAUUAACCAGCCCUCGCAGGCUUCGUUCGGCCUGGCGCAGUCCAUGCUGUCGGGGCCCCUGGACGCCUCGGAGAGCGACAGCCUCAUGAGCUGCACCAGUCCCUGCAAGAGGUUCGACGAUGACCUCAAGAAGAACCUGGAGACCCUGCCUUCGUUCUCGUCCGACGAAGAGGAUUCCGUCAGCAAGAAUCAGGACUUGCAGAAGAGCAUCACCUCUGCCAUCUCUGCCCUCUACGACCCAAUGGAUCGCAAGGAGAAUGACGGCACAGAUAAUAUGGUUGUCGAAGAUAAAGAAGUGAGCACCUCACCUUCUGAGGCCUCCCAGCCGGAGCAGGCCGCACCCCCAUCCCCAGUCUUGCCUAAGGAGCCUAUCCCAGAAGAAGAGCCUUCUCCUGCCCCAGAGUCCCCACCGCAGCCGGAAGAGAGGGAGGCACCUUCCCCGGUCAAGCUCGCCAAGAAGCAGGACUCUGUGGCCAUUUGUGGAGAGACUGACGAAGAUGACGAGGAGAGUGGCGGAGAGGGCGCCAUCCGGAAGUGGGAUGAGUUUGUCAUCAAAAUCGACGACAUUAAAGAACUUAAGCUCGCCAUGCAAGCGGGAAGCGAACCUCCGCCAAUUUGGCGGGUGCAGAAAGCCUCUCUACAGCAGUUUGUGCCUGAGGUGCGAGAUGGGCAGCGCCACUUCUCUUCCAGCUCUCAGUACAUCGAGUACCCGGAUGAAGUGAAGACCGAUUACCAGCGCCUGUACGUGAAGUUUCUGGAGAACAUGGACAAGAAGGACUACGUGCGGAUUUGCUCGAAGAAGCCCUGGCACAGGCCCCUGCACUUGGCCAAGAAGCAAGACUCCGUUGCCAUCUCUGGCGAGACGGACGACGAUGACGAGGAGAGCGGCGGCGAAGGGGUGUUCCGGGAGCGCGACGAGUUCGUCGUGAAGAUCGACGACAUCAAGGCACUUAAGCUCGCCAUGCAAGCAGGACGGGAACCUCCUCCCAUCUGGCGAGUGCAGAAGGCCUUGUUACAGAAGUUCACCCCGGAGAUCAGAGAUGGGCAGCGGCAAUUCUGUGCAACCAGCAAAUAUCUUGGGUACUUUGGUCAUGCAAAAAACGAAUACCAGCGGCUCUACGUUAAGUUCCUGGAGAACGUAAACAAAAAGGACUACGUCCGUGUUUGCUCCAAGAAGCCUUGGCAUAGGCCGCAGCAAUCCCUGAGGCGGCAGAGCCAGACGAAGACCACUCCGAAUCGGGUACCGGUCGUAGUUAAGCCAGAGCCACCAGCACGUCCGGCGUCAAAACCCAAGCAGAGACCGUCCAAAGCCAAGGCCGAACCCCCUCCGAAGAAGAGGAAAAAAUGGCUGAAAGAGGUUGCUUCAUCAUCAGAAUCAGACUCCACUCCCAACCAGCAGAGUGAAGAAGAACGGAUCCCCACAGGCCGCAUUCUGAAUACACGGGCAAUGAAGGAGAUGUACAAGAGCUACAUUGAGUUGUUGGUCAGUGCGGCCCUUGACCCAGCCAUGAUCGAAACAAUUGAGGCCAACAAUGACGAACUUUAUUUACCAACCAUGAGGAAGAUUGAUGGCAUCUUAACGGAGCAUAAGAAACGAGUGACAAAAAGAGUGUCUCUGAGCUCCUCGCUCCAGGAGGGGCUGCAGGCGUUUCCCCAGUUGGUCGUCGAGGACUGCGAGGCGGACCGCAAGGACAACCCAGCCAGCUCGGUGAAGUUAAAAGUGGCCGGUGCGCCCUACAACAGGAAGACACUCAACCAGCUAAAGAAGAAUAUACCGCGGCCACAGGACUUCCAAGUGGAGGCGGAGAAAUUGCAGUUUUACACCUUGUUUCACUCCCUCCAUCACUACAAGUACCACACAUUACUGCAUUGUAAGGAGCAGACAGACACGCUGUCGGAGGUGAACGAGGACCUGGGCCAGGAGGAGAUUGUGCAGCAGUGCAUGCGGAACGUGGUGUGGCUGGAGAAACUCUUCGAUUCAUUCAGCGAGCUCCUCACACAGGUGCAGCAGCAGUGCGCGUGACACCCCCGACAGAGCGACAAGGCUGCCCAGGACUAUCCUCUCUCUCUCUCUCUCUCUCUUUCUCGUUGUCUCUCCUCCCCCUCCCCCUUUCCUCCCCGCCCACCCCUUAUCCCCUCUCACUGCCAACCCGCCAUCUCCCUCCAUCCCCCCCCCCCCACCUCGAAUGCUGGACCCUACGCCCCAACCCAAACAACUGCGUAGGACGCGAUGUCAGCGAUCAGCGGAACUGGCCUAACCCUUCAUUACUGGAUUUAUUAUUAUUAUUUUUUUUCUCUUUUUUUUUUGGGUUGUUGUUGUUGCUGUGCGGUGAUUUCAGUGCGAAAAUAUUCAGUUAGGAGUGUUGAACGACUUAUUAUUUUCUUCCUCGUCCCCUCGGUGAGAGCCUCACGGGCUGAGGCGGCCUGUCUGUUCUCGGGGGGGGACUAAAGAGGCAUCGAGGCUUGUGAGGACAGGCUGAGGGCAAACUACUGAAUUUAAAGCCUUGCAAGCAAUAGUGUUUAAUUCCUUUUGUUGCCCCAACCACCCACCUUCCUUUCAAAGACGCUCCCUGCCGUUUCUAUAGGCGGAGUUGCUGGGGUGGGGGAGGUGCGAAAGAUGGUAGCAGCCUACUAAUUCAUUCUCGGCCUUGAACGAGAGGGGACACCUAGUAACCUGCUCGCUAAUGGUCUCCUUGCACUCUUAUGGCAGUGUGUUAAUAUGUUGGGGGAGGGGGUGAUAAUAUGUUGU